AUGGUAAAAGAGAAGUACUAACAGCAUUUUUUAAAUCUUUUCCGCUUUCAGGUGCUCUCACGUCGUGGCUAUUCCGUUAUUCGUCCGAAUCUCUACUCUAUCUUUGAGAAGUUUCCGAAUCGAAUUGUGAAGAGUGAUCUGAAAACCCGUGAUUGUCUGAUUGAGCCGGAAGGCGACGGAAUGCGGCUGGAAUUGAACGGGGGAAUCGGCUGUAAUCCUCAUCCGUCGGUCACCAAAUGCAUCGCUUUCUCCUAUGAUGUUCAAGAAUUGCACUAUUACAUCGACCUCGUCGCUUCUGGAAUCGAUCCCUGGGUGCUUGAUUUUGUGCGUCCGAAAAUCCGAGUGACUCAGAAGGUCAGUCAUUACUACACGAUUGACUGCAGAAGAGCUUACGCGAGACUCAGUGCUCGUCUGGAACCAGCUAGAAAGUUUAUGGACCACCUCUCCUGGUAUGAAACGAAACGCAACAAAAUGGACUGCAAAAGCUACUUUGAUCGAUUUGAUCAGGCAGGUACGCUUUCCACAAAAGUAGACUUCAAGAAGGAAUGAUUGAGAUCUCAAUUGGUCGGAUUUGACGGUCGAAUUAGACGAGUAUCCAUCGGGAAUGAGGCACUUGAUUGUGCAGAACUUGGGCGGUGGCGGAGAACGUUGCGAAGUGCCGACCUUCAGAGGCCCGAAGUUCGCAAACCUUGAAAUCCAGGCCAUCCUUCCCGAAGAGCCGAUUCUCAAGCCGUACUUCACGGAACCCCUCACAAAUCUUGUUGCCGUUAAUUCCAGACCAAAAUAA